GGACCACCCUAGCUCACAAUGAUUACCCUCCCUUUAUUUGGUCUUUUCAUUGCCGUCGCAUCAGCCAUCCCUGCCCCUCAAGCAGCAACUGCGGUCUCUACAGCUUCAGCAGCUGUCGCAACGUGCGAUGGAAAUACGGCUAGUGACCGGAGUGUUUGGUGCGAUUAUGAUACGAGCACCAACUAUUAUACUGAUGGACCCACAACCGGGGUCACGGUCGAGUACUGGCUGGAAGUUACGAACACUACGCUAGCUCCGGAUGGGUUCGAAAGAAUCGUUCUGGCUGUCAAUGGGACUGUUCCGGGCCCCACAAUAGAAGCCAACUGGGGAGACACCGUAGUAAUUCACGUGACUAAUAGCCUUGCAAACAACGGCACCGGCAUUCACUGGCACGGCGUUCGCCAGAACUACACGAAUAUGAACGAUGGUGUCCCUAGCAUUACUCAGUGUCCGAUUGCUCCCGGCGAAUCCAUGAGCUACACAUGGAAAGCAACCCAGUACGGGACAUCUUGGUAUCACUCCCACUUUUCGCUUCAGGCGUGGGAGGGAGUCUACGGCCCUAUCGUUAUCCACGGACCUGCCACUGGAGAUUACGAUGAUGACUUCGGCGCCGUGGUCCUAAGCGACUGGAGUCACGACACUGUCGAUGCCUUGUACACCUACGCUCAAGUUUCCGGCCCACCACUGAUGACCACGGGCCUCAUCAAUGGACUGAACGCUUACAAUGGUAGCGGUACUCGCUUUGAGGGAACCUUCGAAUCCGGGACCAGCUAUCUCCUUCGCGUCGUCAAUGGCGCAAUCGACACUCAUUUCAAAUUUUCCAUCGAUAAUCACACCAUGACUGUCAUAGCAGCAGAUUUUGUUCCUAUCGUUCCUUACGCCACGGACGUAUUAGACAUUACCAUGGGACAACGCUACGAUGUCAUCGUCACGGCCGACCAAGACACUGCCAAUUACUGGAUGCGAGCCAUUCCGCAGUCCGAGUGCAGCAAUAAUGACGACAGCGACAACAUAAGAGCUAUCAUUCGCUACGAUUCCAGCUCCACCGACGACCCGACCUCCACUGCCUACGAUUACACUGACGACUGUAUUGAUGAAGACGUCUCUGAUCUCGUGCCAUUCCUCUCACAAACUGUCGUCAGUCCCACCGGCGACGACCUCACUGUUGCAGUUGGGAAGAACGCGAACAACCUCUUCCGUUGGCAGAUUGGCACCGAUAGCUUUGCCGUCGAGUGGGCGGACCCGACCAUCUUACAAGUGUAUAAUGGGGAGACAAGUUGGAGCGACGAGGAAUGCGUGUACAAUCUGAGCACUAGCGAGCAGUGGGUUUACUGGGUCAUUGAGACCACUAUUCCUGUACCACAUCCAAUCCACUUGCAUGGCCACGACUUUUUUAUCCUCGCUAGUGGCGAAUUUGAAACCUACAGUGACUCCGUCACGCUGAAUACGGACAAUCCGCCUCGCAGAGACGUGGCGACUCUGCCGACGAGCGGGUAUCUGGUAAUUGCCUUUUUGACAGACAACCCAGGAGUUUGGCUUAUGCACUGCCACAUUGGCUGGCAUACCUCUGAAGGUCUUGCGUUGCAAUUCGUAGAGCGCUCGACCGAGAUUUCUGCUUUGGUGGACUACGAUACUCUUAAUUCGACUUGUGCGGCAUGGGAGACGUACACUGCGGUGUCGGGAGUGGAAGAGGAAGAUUCGGGUGUGUGAUUGAGAUUGAAUUAAUUUGUACCUAGAGAGAGAGAGAGAGAGAGAGAGAGAGUAUAGAGAGAUGUAGUCAGGUUUCAAUAUGUUUAUCUGGCUUCU